AGCGCGCCGUUGCCCGCGUGAAGGAAGGUGGCACCACGUCCUCCGUGGGUGGCACAAAGUUUUGGCAAGGGCGUACUGGGUGUACCAGCUGAAGUGCGAAUAGAGGUGUCUCAGAGAAGUUCGCAGCGAAAUGUCCGCUGUGACCAACUCUGUGUGCUCACUGGCUGGCAAGUUUCGAGGCUGCCUCGUUGGCUCUCUCCUCGGCGACUGCCUGGGAGCGCCUUUCGAAGGCGACUUUCCCAUAUCCAAAUCUGUGCUCACCUCCUAUGUCUCAAAGCUGCUGGAUGAAUCGGCGAAAGGUCUGCUUCCUUUUCGUCCCUACACCGAUGACACGGCAAUGACAAGGUGUCUGGCGACGUCUCUCAUCGAAAAGAAGGGAUUCCAUGCGAGUGACCUUGCCCAAAGGUUCACUUCGGAGUACUUUGAGCAGCCUAAGCGGGGCUAUGGUCCUAACGUGGUUGAUGUGUUCCACGCACUCAAGAAAGGCAACUUCGAAGAUCCUUUUGGACCUGCCAAAAGCCAGUUUGAAGGCACAGGCUCGUAUGGAAAUGGUGGUGCAAUGAGGGUGGCCCCUGUUGCAUUGUUCUGUCACAAGAAUAUGGCAGAAAUUAUAUCUGUUGCUGAAAAACAGGCACGCAUCACGCACACUCACAAGAAUGGCUAUAACGGAGCCAUCCUUCAAUGCUUGGCGGUGCACCGUGCUGUUGCAUUGGAUGCCCAGGUACCCCUAAACAAAGCGGCCUUUCUGGACUUUCUUGUGGAACAGAUGGACACCAUAGAGUCAAAAGGGACCAAACUGGUAACAGAUUCAUCAGUGGACAAACCAUUUACAACAUCACUGCAAAACAUAAGACGUGUACUGUGUGAUGAACCCCAGGAUCUGUCCGCAGAAGAAGUUGCUGCCCUCUUUGGCAAUGAUGUCUCUGCCCACAAGUCAGUCCCAACAGCCAUCUAUGCCUUCCUCAGGUCACACGAGCCACUGCCAUUCUUCCAGACUGAGAACCCAUUCGUCCGAGCCAUCGUGCUGUCCAUAUCUGUUGGAGGCGACACGGACACCAUAGCUUCCAUGGCAGGAAGUAUCUCUGGUGCUUUUCACAGUAUUUCAGGCAUUCCAACUUCUCUCCAAAGGCACUGUGAGGGCUUGGACAUUACCCUAAAGCUAGCAGACGACAUGUAUGAGUUUGUGGGGUCACAUUAGGCUGCUGGCAAACACUGCUAUGCUGUAUCUACAGCUCAUGACGGACUUGUUCAUGCUGAGAGAGCAGUGAUUAUUGAAACUCGCACUGCCCUGCUUUCGGGCAGAGCCAAAGAAAGUAUCACAUGGUAACAGCGAGUUUCGUAGUGCUCGUUAUGGGUGCCAAGUAACAGUGUUCGACUUGGCUCUCGCUCAUAGGAAUGGUGUACUGUCUCUACUUUUGAACUUGGCCAACAGCUGUCUGCGUAUUUCCAGUCAUGUGCACCUAGAACUGGGUAGGGAAGCUUACUCUCUUCAGACAACGAAUUUUAUGUAGUGAUAGCAAAUGAGAGCUUGCUCACUUGAACCAGUUGUAUUCGUUUGUUUGUUAUAGGCAGUAAUACUUGUUUGCUCUUUUUCUCAUUGACAGCAGCAUCAGUAAGCAUAUAUUUAAAGGAAAUGUUUGAUCAAGGUUAGCUGCUAUUAGUUGACAGCUUGCAGUAAAUAAGAACCAGUGGGGGUGAAUAGUACAGUCUUUAUGGUUGCCUUCUGAGUUUCAUUCUUUGUUUGCUGUUGACAGAUGAACUAUGUAUAUAAUAAUUAGGUCUGCCUUACUUCAAAUAGUCAAAGCUGGGCAAGAUGUAGUGAAAGCUCCAUAACUCUUAAUUAGUGGGUUUGUUCAUAUUUCUUAUUGUUUGAACAACUAACUCUGGUUUAACCAUGUUGAUUCAUUCAGAAAGUGUUUGCAAAACAGUAUAUUUUUAAAGAAACUUGCUAGAUGUAGUGAAAGCUCCAUAACUCUUAAUUAGUGCGUUUGUUCAUAUUCCUUAUCCUUAUUGUUUGAACACUAACUCUGGUUUAAUCAUGUUGAUUCAUUCAGAAAGUGUUUGCAAAACAGUAUAUUUCUAAAGAAACUUGCUAAUUCAAAAAUAAAUUGGUUCUGCUGCCAAUAAUUCACUCUGAAAGAUGCUGCAGUAGGGUGAUAUGUGCAGCAAAUAGGUCAAGCAGCCUAAAUGAGAUGUUCCUGUGCCAUCCAUCACUCCGUUACAGGACAUCAGAAGUCAUUAUGAUACCCUGAUAGUCAUUCACUGUUAUGUGUUGUUGCCACUUUUGCAUGCAUUGUUGAAAAUGACUGCCUCUUCACAGAAGCCUCACUGCACAAGCUGCAAAUGUUUCACCUUUGAAAUAAAUGCAUUCUUGCAAUCUUU